GAACGUUCUCCAAUUCUUCAAUUGCGCCUGUCGAAGAAGAACAAUCGGUAUCAGCGAUCGAUGUGUGAAUCGGUCACGCGUGCAAUCGGCCGAAGCUAGCAAAGCGAUACGAUGCGCGUGUUGUGACAUGCUGGUCGUUAUGGAUACGUCGCGGCGCCCCGGGGACCAGUGUAUAGGCAUUUCCCACACGUCGUCCAGGAUGUGUACAUAAUGUGUGUCGUCGACGUCGACUAUUCGCCAUGCCGAAGGACCGCCACUCGCCUUCCGGUCCGCCUAGAAAAAACAUCGCGCCGCUGUUGCCGCCGAAGGGAAAGACGACGGACUUCUCUGGACCUUUCUUCCUUUCAUUGAAGGGUUCUCUUCUGUGAACCACUUUGCGUCUUCCGCUUCUUGUUCUGGUGCACACACGCAAUCUUCAGCUGCGUUCACCAUCGCAGUUGCCGGAAACCGCGAACUGAGCGAUGUUCAGCCUGAGACCACAGAGUGCCACUACGAGACAGGAGUUUGAGAUGAUCAAUAAGGCCCAACGGGCCAUAUACAACACCACGGACUCCAUCGAGAAAUUGCGUCUGCUCUGCCUGGCUAGGGGUGCUAAUGGCAUUCUUGGUCUGGGUAGGGCCUUCCGUCGUAUGGACGAAGAUGGCAACAAAAAGCUAAAUCUCGAAGAGGUCAAAACGGGUUUAGAGGAAAUCGGAAUGGAAUUGUCCGAAGACGAAAUUAAUGCGAUCUUUGAGAAAUUCGAUACUGAUGAAGAUGGAAGUAUUAGCGUCGAGGAGUUUCUCGUGGGCAUAAGACCACCGAUGAAUCAGAACCGCAAAGAUAUCGUAGAUCUGGCGUUCAAGAAGCUGGACAAAACUGGCGAUGGACGGAUCACUAUCGACGAUCUCCGUGGUGUUUAUAACGUGAAAUACCACCCGCGUUACAUCAGCGGCGAGGAGAGCGAGGAAAGCAUCUUGAACAAAUUUCUCUUGAAUUUUGAACACGGCAACAACGACGGCGUCGUAACGGAGGAGGAAUUUAUGAAUUAUUACAGCGCUAUUAGCGCGAGCAUAGAUCACGACGCGUAUUUUGACUUGAUGAUACGCAACGCUUACAAGCUGUGAAUCUCUGUAUAUUCCACGAGAUAACAUGUCGAUUCUUCAUCUUUGCCUAUGCGGCAAUAAUCGCCGAGCGAAUCAACAAGCAUAACGUUGCCAUUUCGCUAAAUCAACGUAUAAAUUACAUUUAUCGCCGUUACGUCAGUAACGAGUCUGAGUGUGCCCUAGCUUCUUGUUAAAUUUGCACUCGUAUUCCGCUAAUUACAAUCUACAAUCAUAAUUUCUGAUAUUAAUAUCUGAGUCGUCUAACGAUUAAAGCGGAAAAAAUGGAUAUACAUACAUACAUGACUUUAUUAAUUAUUAUAAUUCACCGUAAUGUUCUCGAUUAAGAAUAAGAAGUGCGUGGAAAUCGGCCUUCAGAAACUCGUUAAAAAUUUAUUAGUCACCGCCGCCAUUCUUAUUUUUUUCUUCGUCCAAUUACUCAGUCAGUAGUCGGGCAAGUGCAAAAAUUUGUUUACUUCUAAACUAGGACUUCUAAACUGCAAGAAAAAAUUGCUUGACAAACUUAUGAAUAAAACAGAGGCACGAGGCUGAUUUUCCGACAAUCUUCUUCUUCUUUUUGAUGCUUUAUUAGUUAUUUAGGUGUAAACAGGUUGGUUAUAGGGACCAAUUCUAUAGCGUGAAUCGCGGCAAAUGCUCGCUGCGCACUCGCGCCUUUCAAGCAUUCCUCGUUGUAAUCAUAUUUAUUCCUUUGCAAAUAAAAAUCUGCGAGUAUAAAAUGGAUUAAAUUAUAUAUUUCUUGUACAUUUUUCUAGCAUUAUGUAUAUAGCUCUGAAGUGAUGUGUUCUAUAUUUGCAUACUUUAAUAUUAAAGUUUAAAUUACAUCUGC